AUGUACGAAAACAAGCUAAACAUUUACAAUAACAAACAAGGUUCAACGUUAUAUCUUGUUGGUGAAUUAAUGUCACUUUCACAUGCUGUAUUUCCAGGAGAGCACGUAUUCAAAGUUUCUUCCACUUCAGUUUCAGAAUUUGAACCUUUUAAAAUUGAUGAUACUAAUUCCGAUCUUACAAAGAUUGCUGAUGCUAUUUAUCAAAAAGUGGUUCAUUUACCAAAUAUCAAUGUUGUAAAAGUAAUUUCUGGUCGUCAUCACACUCAUCUCAUCACAUUCGAAGGAAGAAUUUUGAGUUUUGGAACAAAUGCUCAUGGUGAAUUAUGUUGUGGAGUAUCUGGAGCAUUAGGUGGUUCUCCAAUUAGAGGUCUCAUUAGAGCUGAAGGUGUCAUCAAUGAAUAUAAAAUAAUUGACGGAGCUGGAGGUGGAUAUCACAGUAUUUUCAUUUCAAUUGAUGGUUCAGUAUUUGUAAAUGGAUCUAAUUCAGCUAAUCAAUUGGGAAUUUCAGAUACUGAAUCUCAAAAGAAACCAGUUAAACUUCCAAGUGAUUAUUUUGAUGGUCAACCUAUUUGUAAAGUAGGAGCUAACAAUACUCAUUCUGUAUUUAUUACAAGAAAUUCUCAAGUUUAUGUUGCAGGAUCUGAUUCUAAUGGAUGUUGUGCAGGUAUUAAAAGUAGUUCAGUACCUUUAUUAUUGAAAUUUCCAAUACAAUUUACACCAAUUGAUGUCAGUUGUGGUUAUGAUGAUACUAAAUUUCUAACAAGUCAAGGUGUAGUAUUGGGAUGUGGAUGUGGAAGUCAUGGUACAGCAGUUAUUGAUGAUUCAACAAAUGAAACAACUAAUUUGAAAUAUCAAUUCGAAGGUUUUACAGAUAUUAUUAAAAUAUCAAAUGGAUAUUUCUGUCAAUCAUUUCAAACAA